AUGACCAACUUGAAUGUUGCCGAGUGUAGGACCUAUUUUAGUUCUGAUUCGGUCUGCCCCACUGAGAGUACCUCUGAUGUUGUGGCUGGGUUACACACUCCGGAGUUAUUGAACGGGCUAAAAUGUUCUGGGUUACCAAAUCAUUGCUUAACAUUGAAGAUUGGGUCUCCUGCUAUGUUGUUGCGAAAUAUUGACCCUUCAGCUGGGUUGUGUAAUGGUACACGGUUAAUUAUUACAAGAUUAGCAGACCACGUUGUUGAAGCAAAGCUCUUAUUUGGCAAUGCAGCAGGCUCCAAAGUUCUGAUCCCGCGACAAAUGCUUUCUACUGUUGGCCUACUUCUGAGAAAACCUGUUUUUGUACAUGGCCAGCUAUAUGUUGCAUUGUCUAGAGUCAGUUCACCAAGAGGGCUUAAGUUACUCAUUCGCAACGAAGAUGAAAAUUGUAUUGUCGAAUUUGUUGGCGACUGGGCAACGGAUUCACCCUUUGAGCUCCCUGAGGAAUUUCAUUAUCUCUGUAAUUUCUCAGCUCACAAGGUUGCUUUUACUGCCUUCAAUGCUCCCAGGCUUGGCAGUUUAACACUCCAGUAUUAUUGCAAUGAUGACGAUAUCGACGAUUAUGUUCCUAUUCUCCCGGUUAGCUUGGACUUGUCAUUUAUUCAUACUCUUUGUUUGGAUUUCAAUUUCAAGCCUUUCAAGCUUUUUGCCAGCGAACUUACUAGAUGGGGACCUGAACUAAAUGUGGAAUGCGUGGAGUUAUACGAUGUCAAUGUUCUUUAUGAUGAUGACUUCUCUUCAUUUAUUCAUUCAUUACUAAUAUGUCCGAAAUUACGCAAGCUUGACAUAUAUCAUUUAUACUUUUAUGCAGAAAUCUCUAGAUCUAUACUUUGGGAGGAACUUCAAAGUGCAGCUAAAGUGCUUAAAAUGCUUCACACUUUUAAGCUUAGAUUAUUCAAUGGGUCAAGGUUUGAAUUGCAAUUCAUCGAGGUGCUACUUGCUUGCUUUCCCGCACUUGAAAAGGUUGUCAUUAUUCGCCAUAUGGAGUUUGAUUCCAAUGAGGAGUUUGAAAUCAUGCAAAAGUUUUUUCAUUUUCCUCGUGCAUCAAAGAAAGCAAAAAUUGUUUACAUAUAAGCAUCUUAUUAUAUUUUUGUUGAAUUAAUAUAUGCAUCUCCUUGAUUCACUCUUUGAGUUCAAUAUUUUGUAAUGUACUAAUGGUUAACUCGAGUAUCCUUACUAGUUGAAUCUUCGAGAACACUACCCUUUUUUGGUUUUGAAUUAA